GUGAUAGAGGAGGUUUAAAGUCCAAACACGGUCGCAGUGAAUCGCACUAACAUGGAGCGACAGAAGAAGAAGAUACUGUGCGUUGGUCUGGUUUGUCUGGACAUCAUCAGUGUGGUGGACAAGUUCCCGGAAGAGGAUACUGACAACCGCUGUGUGUCACAGCGGUGGCAGCGAGGAGGGAACGCCUCCAACUCCUGCACUGUUCUGACUCUGCUCGGCUCGCCCUGCGCUUUCAUGGGCUCGCUCUCCGCUGGACCUGCAGCCAAUUUCAUUGUGGAUGACUUUUCUCGACGUGCCAUUGAUGCCUCUGCCGUGGUCUGGCAGGCUGAAGGUGAAACACCGAGUGCAUGUUGUGUUGUUUGUCAGUCCAGUGGAACUCGUACCAUCUUUCUCUCUGACACUAACCUCCCUGAUGUCACUGCGGACGACUUCUCCAAAGUGGACCUGCACCAGUUCGGAUGGAUCCACUGGGAGGGUAGGAACGCUGCCGAUCAGGUGAAGAUGAUUGAACGUGUGAAAAAGUUCAACACAUCUUCAGCUCCUGAAGACAGAAUCACCAUUUCUGUGGAGAUUGAGAAAACCCGGGAGCCCCUGUACCAGCUGUUCCCUCACGGCGACGUGGUGUUCAUCAGUAAAGAUGUUGCUCGGCAUUUUGGCUUCCAGACAGCUGAAGCUGCCUUGAAGGGUCUGUACGGCCGUGUCAGAGAGGGAGCUACUCUGAUCUGUGCCUGGGCAGAAAAGGGAGCCGAUGCUUUGGGUCCAGACGGCAUCCUGGUUCAUUCAGAUGCUUUUCCACCGGACAGUCUAGUGGACACGCUCGGAGCAGGAGACACUUUCAACGCGGCUGUCAUCCACAAGCUGUCCAACGGAGCGAGUUUAACGGAGGCGCUGAGCUUCGGCUGCAAAGUUGCAGGAAAGAAAUGUGGUUUCCAUGGUUACGAUCGACUCGCCGUGGAGUUUCCACCAGAGUAAGUGGAACCUGAUGGACCCAGGAACUGAAGUCACUCAAUAAUAUAAAUGGAGGAGCUGAAAACUGCUGAGUAAUUCACAAAAAUCCAGCCCUGUAAAGUCCCCGGUCGGUUCAGACUGAACCUUCUCCCCAACAUGACAAAACCACAUCUCAGUUCAAAUCAAAGACACAAUUCAAUAAACACAAAGCAAAAUAAACUGAUUUAAUUCUCAAGAAAUUCCUGAAGAUAUUACAGAUGGUUUUAAUUCCAUGCUCAUUUAGUCUUGAUCUGUAACAGGUUAUUCCAACAUGAACGAACUAUAAAUACAAUAAAUACACUUCACUAAAGGUGGUCACCUUAUCGAUGACGCAGCAUUUCAUCAUGGAGAAUCAAAAGGGAAGAAGGGAAAAUAACAAGCGAAGUCAAAACUUUUUCUCUCUCUGUCAUGACGUGGUUACGAUGCAGCAUGAGCUCAUGUAUGAGCUGCGCAAGCCACGUGGCAUCUCAGACGCCGCAGUUAUAUCUCAGUCGAGUUUCCUGCUGCCACCAUGCUCCUCAGGCCUUUGCUGAAGUGAAGGUUGGCUCCGAUGACGAUGUAACCCUGCAACAUCCACCACAUGAGCACGUCGGUUCAGUUCAACUGUAACCAUGAAGUGUUUGUCCACCUGUCGGCUCGAUCAUAUGCAUUGUUUCAAGAUUGUUUUUGUGUUGCGCACAUUAUUAUUAAAAAUAUUAAACAACAUGAAACUACAAGUUAUAAGGCAUGUUGAAUCAA